AUGACUGACGCCGAGGGUAACACGACGACAGUGGAAGGUCAAGAAUGCCGGCACCGCGCAACGAUAUCCCCCGAGCCGUGCCAGGACUGCAAACGCGAAUCCAACCAGCAAGUCCGGUAUCGGUGGCGUAUCAUCCUUGGUCUUGUGCUGCCGUUUGCCCUCUCAGCCCUCGACGUGACCAUCAUCGCCAGUGCAUUACCUUGGAUCGCUGCCGAUUUCGACCGCGUUACCCAGCUCAACUGGAUCAUCGCCGCCUUCAACCUGACUGCGGCAGCCUUCAUCCCUUUCUGGGGCCAGAUGGCCGACAUCUUUGGGCGACACUCUACUAUCCAGGCCUGCAUGAUUCUGGCUCUCAUUGGAGGGGGUGUCUGCACUGGGACGCCUCAUGACGCGUUCCCGAUGCUGUUGUUUGGGCGCGCGCUUCAGGGGAUUGGUUGUGCUGGCAUGAAUGUCGUUAUCCGCGCCAUCGUCGCUGACAAGGUCCCGCUGCGCGAAGACGCAUAUACCUGGUCCAUAUUCUCGCUCGUCGGCGGGUGUUCCUACGCCAUUGGGCCUGUUGUAGGAGGAUACCUCACUAAAACAACUUGGCGAUGGUGCUUCGGCAUUAAUCUUCCGAUAGGGGCGGCAGGCUGCGUCGUUGUCUUCGUUUUCCUACGACCAGUUCUCCUCGGUCCACAGCCGCUCCCUCAGCUCGAAGAAACGACUUCAACAGGUUGCAAGUCCACCAUGAUGCAGCGUUUGGUCACUAUUGACGCCAGCGGCCAGAUUCUUUGCCUGUUAGGCUUCGGCCUGCUCGUCUUGGCGUUCACCUGGGCUGGCGCCACCUACGAUUGGGACACACCAUCCGUUCUCGUGCCCCUGAUUGCCGGCUUUCUCAUCAUCUUCGCUUUCAUCUGGUGGCAGCGCGAGAUGGAACCGGCAGGAAGGCUCGCAAAGCUAUUCCCACGGCAGCGGGCCAUGAUCCCCUGGCAAGUUAUCAAAACCAGGGACAUUGGGCUACUCUUCACCUCGUUUGCGUCGGGCAUGGCCAUGUACGCGGUCAUGUAUUUUUGCAGCCUGUACUUCACCAUGGUGAAGCACCUACCGGCAAACGAGGCCGGCCGGGCGCUUCUUUUCUUCGUGCCCGGGAUCGCGGUCGGCGUGUGUAUCGCCAUCUUCAUGUGCAACAAUUGGCCGCGACAGACGUGGCAUCCGAUCAUGGCGGGUUCUAUCAUCGAGGCUGUGGCCAUUGCCCUCCUCGCGUGGGCCAUGUGGGAGGAGCGCGAUGGGGGCGUUUACGGAAUGAUGGCGAUGGCUGGCGUGGGUGUAGGUGUACGUUUUAUGCCAGUUCCUCUGCACGGCAUGGGCUUUUUCCCCCAGCAAAUCUCUGCCAUAGUCAGCCUAAGCCAGUUAUCAGAUCCCCUUGGCGGCACGCUUGGUCUCACCAUCAUGACGACCGUCUUUAACAACAUUAACUUGCCUCCAGAAGCAAUUGCAGGGAUCCAGGAGACCGCUAAGGAGGGUAUCGUGUGGGCGUUCAUCGCCAUCUUCCCCUUCAUGAUCCUGUGCAUUGUGGCAGCUGCGUUAAUGGGUAGCGUGUACCUCACAACGGGCGCGGCAGACGAGGACGACAACGCAAAUCAGAUUUACGAGGGCGUGUAUCUUUGGGCGCUGCUUCGCAAAGAGAAGAUUGACAGAAACUCGGACAAGGUCAAAGUGACCCACCGAGCGACGCUUGCGGGAGUGGCUGGCCGUAGUAGUGCUGCUGCCACAGCCCCCUGGGGUCAAUGGUACAAGCUUGACAGGAGUCGGCUCUUGUGUCAAGUCGGAAAGUUUCUUCCCUCUUUUAAACGUCUGGUGCCUUUUGAAAGGCCUGCGGCUGUCGAAUUUUGA